AUGCCGAUAACUAAGCGUAAACAUUCACCUGAAAAGGAGGAAUUAAUUGAAAAUGGUGACAAUCUAACUGAGGGGCGCAGUAAUAUCAAGGGAGAUGAAUUCAAUAUAGCUGUGUUAUUAUUCCUUUACACCCUGCAGGGUAUACCGCUCGGUCUUGCAGGAGCUGUACCCAUGCUCCUUCAAAAUCGUGGCAUAACAUAUACUCAACAAGCGGAAUUCAGUUUUGUCAACUGGCCGUUCAGUGUAAAGUUACUAUGGGCGCCUAUUGUAGAUGCUCUAUUCUGGCCGCAAUUCGGUCGAAGAAAAACUUGGCUGGUACCAGUGCAAUACCUGAUUGGUAUUGUGAUGAUCAUCAUGUCGUAUAGUGUCACUGAUUGGCUAGGUUCCGAUGAUGUGCCACCUUCAAUGACUAUUCUGACUAUGUCGUUCCUUUUCCUGAACUUCUUGGCAGCUACGCAAGAUAUUGCUGUGGAUGGAUGGGCUCUUACCAUGCUUAAAAGAUGCAAUGUCGGCCAUGCCUCAACCUGUAAUACUGUCGGUCAGACAGCUGGCUUCUUCCUCGGAUAUGUAAUGUUCCUGGCUUUAGAAUCUCCUUACUUCUGCAACAAGUACUUGUACUAUGAGCCUCAAGACGAAGGACUUGUGACACUGGCUAGUUUCCUUCUCUUCUGGGGAUGGGUGUUCAUUGUGACUACUACGUUGAUAGCGGUGUUCAAACAUGAGGCUAAUGAUGCUCCGAACACAAAGGAUAAUGAUGUGAAGGGACUGAGUGAUGUUGUUACGGCUUACAAACAGUUGUAUACAAUUAUGAAGCUGCCUGCAGUACGUACACUGGCUCUGGUGUUGUUCACGGCGAAGCUCGGAUUCUGUGCCAGUGAUGCCGUGUCUGGGUUAAAACUUGUCGAAGCUGGAGUUCCGAGGGAAGACUUAGCUCUACUUGCAGUUCCAUUAGUUCCAGUACAAAUCAUAAUGCCAGUGUUGUUAGCAAAGCACACGACGGGUCGUGAGCCACUGUCCCUGUGGCUGCGUGCGUUCCCGCUGCGUCUACUGGUGGGGCCCCUCGCGGCGGCCCUGGUGGCUAUCACUCCCACGCUGCUGCAAAAUGCGCCCCCCUCUUACUCGUAUCUAUUCAUUUUAAUGAUGCUCUACAUAUUCCAUCAGACAUGUCUCUACUGCAUGUUCGUGGCUGUGAUGGCGUUCUUUGCUAAAGUAUCAGACCCAGCAGUUGGUGGGACCUACAUGACCUUCCUCAACACAAUGUCGAACCUGGGAACUAAUUGGCCUAACACCCUCGCUCUAUGGGCUAUAGACCACCUCACUUUUAAGCAAUGCUCAUAUUCAGGGCUCACUGAUAACACAUGUUCUUCUGAUGGCGAGGAGACUGAAUGUAAGUCAUUCGGCGGUACAUGCAACGUGCGAAUAGAUGGAUUCUACAUAGAAACAGUACUAUGUUUAGUCGUCGGCUUCGUUUGGCUCAUGUGGGGCAAGCCAACCAUCAACAAGCUCCAGCGACUACCCGCCUCAGCCUGGCAAAUCAGCCGAUUUAACAGAUAA